AUGACUCAACGACGCUUUUCUGGCAGACCACGUGUCGUAGGGAUUUCACCUUCCACGGAGCCCUUACCACUUCUGCCUGCUCCGCCAGAGGAGACUUCCGCAUCGUCAGAGGCUACACCAGAGCCUAUUGUUGACAAAACUUUGCCCGAAGAUGCCCAGCAACAAUCUCCGCCCAUGAAGCAAGAGCUUCCUCUUGAAGACACAAAGCCCAUACCAGUAGACACCCCGGUAGACGCUCCAGCAGGCGUUCCACCGCCAGAUUCAUCUGAAGAGGAGCUUCUAGAUCUACCCAUUCCAAAAUUCAAUUUGUCGUCUAGCUUUCAAUAUAAUUGUGCUCAGCUUACAGCUCCCCUUAAAAAUGGCCGAGCAUCUUACAUUGUUGAACUCCAACCUAAUAUUGACGAGGAACGAAAACGAAAUCACAUCAGGCGUAUUCAACAGCUGUGUGCUUCUAGUGGCAAUCAGGACACAGGAAUUGAAGCUCAGCUGGAUUCGGUGAUUUCUGGAUACGUUGGUGUCUUUACAGCAGAAACCAUAGAUCAAAUUUCCAAGGAAAAUGAUAUUGUGCGCUCAAUUACCGCAAAUCAGCCUGCAGAGGUAUACGGGAAGACAAUCACCAUGCGAACAGAGAAUUGGGGGGCUUCCCGAAUUUCAAUGGAUGGAUCUGACUGGAGAGCUUCUGCGGAUGGGGAUGGCAUGUGGCCAUACAAAGUCUCUUUAACUGAAAAGGAUGGAAAAAAUACAAUGAUUUUCUUGGUUGAUGAGGGAGCCUUUGAUAGAAAUGACUUCAUCCAGCCUUCACGUCUUGCGGCUGGUCAGGCUUCUGAGACUGAAUUGGCGCCUACUCAUGCUACAAUGAUGGCUAGUAUCAUGGCCGGUGAUACAUUUGGAUUGGCUCGUCGGGCAAAGUUCUGGCUUUACAAUGCUACGCGCAAACUGACCAAAGUUUCAGUACUCUUAGCCUGGGAAGCAAUUGCAAAAUAUGAUCUCCAAGAGGCGAAUGUUAAACAGGGGGCUGGAAUCAUGUGUUUGCCAUUUGGCUUUGCAGAUACAGCCAAUGAUAACCAUGCCCUAGCACGCGCGUUGCAUUUCCUUAUGGAAAGCAAGGGCAUCAAAGUUGUCGUAGCUGCACCAAAUAACAAUGAAUACAUUGAGGAGUACCAAAGCUUUCCCCAGAAUGUUGCGGAAGUCAUUCUAGUCGGAGGAUCCUGUCAGCACAAUAAACUUGCUCCAACAUCAGACUGGGGUCCUACAAUUACUCUGUAUGCUCCCGCUGUCGAUAUCAAGGCCAUGAAAUCUCAGCGUGGCCACCUGGAGACUUCUUCUACAUGGGGCAAAUUGGACUCGAUCAAGGGCACUGCUGACGGUAACUGCUUUGAUGAUGAUUGCGUGGUUACACAAGCAGGUUUGAAAUCUGCCCUGGUCACUCGAUUUACUGAAACUACAGAGAUCAAGUCUAAGGGUAAAGUCCCCAUCAAAGUGCUGAAGAAGUUUAUGCAACCUUUCCAAAAAGAAAGCAAGCCCCGACAUGGUGCAUUCCGAGAUGUCUCUGCCGAAGCCCCUUUGGCAACCUCCUUGAGGAUCCAACGUCUGACUCCCGAAAAAUAUGAAAUCAAACUUCGUGACUGUAAUGGCACUGAUUCCGCCUUGCUUAACAAAAGAAGGUACUCAGAGUUCAUGAAGGCUUUACAAGCUGAUAUACCAGACUACAAAGCUAUGGCUAUUAUACUUAGCGAUGGCUCUUCCGAUAGUCAAGCCGCAAUAGCAGCUGUGCUUCGUCGUGUCGGUCGCGUCACUAUUUCUUGGAAUAUCAGCCAGGGUUCUGGGAUCCAGGAGGCUCACAAGCGACACUCCACGGUUAAAACUGGAAUUGAGGAAUUUGCUUGUGAAAUAGGCAAUAUUUAG